ACGGACGCAAUGUUUCGGAAACUAAUUUUCAUUUUUUUAGUGAGCUAUGCCACUGCGUUGUUAAAGAUGGGACUUUGAUAUAAAUGGAACGAUUUUGAUAACGUGCUCAUGUCAACAAGCGUCAUAUUUGAAGUUUCAGAUAUUCACAGUGGUAAAUGGUGUGUACUUCUGUGUCUCCAGAACGAAGCUUGUGUGUCCGUAUUUCAUAGACGUCAACACCGACGGUGUCAGUUCCAUGACGUGUUGUUCAUGUCGCCUGAGGAUGGAGAAGAAGAGACAGGCACCGAGUACUACAGCUUAACAACAGGCGCUUGUCCAUCUGGCUACAUCCACAACCGAAUCCUCAACUUCUGCUACAAGCUUUAUCCCGACAAUCUCCCGUACGACGAUGGUCUUGCUGACUGUAUGUCAAGAGGAGAACACUUUGUUGCUAUUGACAGUGCGGACAAGCAGAACCACGUGGUGAAACAGAUCACCUCGUCAUCAGCAACUGUGGCCAGUAGCUACUAUUUCGAUGGUUGAGAUGCGGCAAAUGAGGGACAAUGGGUAUUCCAUGAUGGCCGACCUAUGACCUACUUUGCCUCGGGUCCAGGAGCACCGCAUAAUGGCUCGGACAGACAUUACAUUUUCGCCAAGCGAGACCACAAAGAAUUCCUGUGGAAUGACAGGCCGCGGACAUUGGAAAAAUACUACAUCUGUCAAAGAGACAUUUGAAAUUCCUCAAAUGUCAGAAUACUGGCAUUACUCGGAAUUUCCAAGUUCAAAAGAAAACUUAGAACGGAGAACACAAGAAGAGUACUCAGCACCACCACCAUACGAUAUCAACUAUUGGCUUGCGUGUUUCUAUCACUUGACAAAGCAUCACCUAGCGGUAUAAAUAGUGAAUAUACAUAUGUUUCCUUGCUUUCUGAAAAAAGCGUUUACAUAAUUUCUGUUAAUGAUUCAUUUUUGUCCCAAAGACGACCAACAGUUACUUGUAUUAGAAUUUCAUAUGGCGUUACCUGGUUGUACAUGUAUAACAAUGAAAUCAUGUUGCCUACCCUGCUGCCCGAGGUAUAGAGUUUGAGAAGCGGAAUACACAUUUCUGAAUACACAAACAAGCAACCUUGAGUUUAAUAAUCACGCUUCAAGCUCACCAUUUUGGUUUGAAAUAGUAAUGAACAUUGCAAAAUGAAAUUUGCCAUGCGUCCCUCAUCGUUUAU